CAACCCCCAACACUCCACCCCACGGCCCGGAAAUGUCUGUAACCCCUUCUGUCUGCCCGUGUAGAUUCAGAGAGUCCCGAGGAGAUGGCAGCGGUGAAGGGAACGCCCGAGAGGGGCGAAGGAGAUGGCAGCAGUGACAGCAGCUCACCGGCUGGGGAGGGCCAGGAGUCGCAGCCGUCCCCGCUGGCUCUGCUGGCUGCCACCUGCAGCAGGAUUGAGUCUCCCAACGAGAAUUCCAACAGCUCUCAGGGCCAGCAAGGCGGCAGCGGUGAGUUGGACCUGACGGCCGCCGCUGCCCAGAUCGCGCAGUCGGCCAACGGCUGGCAGAUCAUUUCCACUGGCUCCACCACGCCGACGCCUUCCAAGGAGCAGGGCAGCAAUGGCAGCAACGGAGAUCCCUCCAAAAGCCGUCCUGUGAGCACGGGGCCCUACGUGGUCACGGCUGCCUCCAACCUGCAGAACCAGCAGGUGCUCACGGGUUUGCCGGGCGUCAUCCCCAACAUCCAGUACCAAGUCAUUCCCCAGUUCCAGACCAUUGACGGGCAGCAGCUCCAGUUUGCCACCACCCCCACCCAAGUCAACGUGCAGCAGGAUGCCUCUGGGCAGCUCCAGAUCAUCCCCGGCACGAACCAGCAGAUCAUCACGAGCCGAGCGGGGACGGGCAACCUCAUCGCCAUGCCCAACCUGCUGCAGCAGGCCGUCCCCAUCCAGGGGGUGGGCUUGGCCAACAACACCCUCUCAGGGCAAACCCAGUACGUGGCCAACGUCCCCGUGGCUCUCAAUGGCAACAUCACCUUGCUGCCCGUCAACAGCGUGGCCGCCAGCCUGGCCCCCACCUCUCAGACCGUCACCCUGAGCGGCUCCGGCUCCCCGGACAGCAGCUCCCAGCCCACCACCUCAGGUGCUGCCAUCAGCUCGUCCAACAUUGCCACGUCCCACGCCACUUCCGGCUCUUUUUUUACCAACGCCAACAGCUAUUCCACCACCACCACCACCAGUAACAUGGGCAUCAUGAAUUUCUCCAGCAGUUCCACAGUGGGGACGAACGUCCAAGUGCAGACGCCCCAAAGGGCCCCCAGCACGGACUCCCUGCAGAGCCAGGUCUCUGGGGUGGCUCUGCAGCCGGGGCAGCAGAAAGAGGGGGAUCAGAGCCAGCAGUCGCAGCAGCAGCAGCAGCAGAUCCUGAUCCAGCCUCAGUUAGUCCAGGGGGGGCAAACGAUCCAAGCCCUGCAAACCGCCCCGCUCUCCGGCCAGACCUUCGCCACCCAAGCCAUCUCACAGGAUGCCUUGCAGAACCUCCAGCUCCAGGCUGUGCCCAACUCCGGGCCCAUCAUCAUCCGAACACCCACGGUGGGGCCGAACGGGCAGGUGAGCUGGCAGACCAUCCAGCUCCAGAACCUGCAGGUGCAGAACCCCCAGGCGCAGACAAUCACCUUGGCCCCCAUGCAAGGAGUGUCGCUGGGGCAGACGGGCAGCACCAGCACCACGCUCACCCCCAUCGCCUCCCUCCCCAGCGGCACGGUGACGGUCAACGCCGCCCAGCUCUCCUCUAUGCCAGGCCUCCAGACUAUUAACCUCAGUGCCUUGGGAGCGUCUGGGAUCCAAGUGCACCAGCUGCCGGGGCUGCCGCUGGCCAUCGCCAACGCUACCGGGGAACACGGCGCCCAGCUGGGGCUGCACGGUGCCAGCGGGGACGGCCUGGGCGACGACAGCGCAGCGGUGGAGGAAGGGGAGACCAGCCCAGACCCACAGCCCCAGCAGGGCCGGAAGGUGCGGAGGGAAGCCUGCACCUGUCCCUACUGCAAGGACAGCGAGGGGAGGAGCUCUGGGGAUCCAGGUAAAAAAAAGCAGCACAUCUGCCACAUCCCGGGCUGCGGGAAGGUGUACGGCAAAACCUCCCACCUGCGGGCCCACCUGCGGUGGCACACGGGGGAGCGGCCCUUCAUCUGCGGGUGGAUGCUGUGCGGGAAGCGCUUCACCCGCUCCGAUGAGCUGCAGAGGCACAAGCGCACGCACACAG